AACAGUAUGGAAACGUUUGUCGUAGAGGACAAUCGUCUAAGAUCAGUGCAGUCAAAUCUUGCAACGAGCACAGAAGUGUUCUUACAAAACAGUACGAUGACUAAUACUUAAUUUAUCAAGUAAAAUCUUUUUUUCGGUUUCGCCUCGCAUUUGGCAAGUAAGUUGAUGGAAUGUUGAGCGGUUGUCGCCAAAUCUGGGCGCUGAUUACUAUUUUCAAAAAUUAUACACUAUUGUAUUAUUUCUCCUCAAUUGUGUGACAAUACAAGCAGUUGGUUGAAACAUACAUCCUACAUAAAUCUUUAAUUUACUAAGUAUGGAUUCAUGGGGUAAUUUAGACAUCAGUUCGGCGUUUGUAAGAGACGAAACGGAUGGCAGUUUUCGGAAAAACAAGAAAACGACCAUAGAAAAAAUGCCGGAUAAAGUCCUAUUAGAAAUAUUCAGCUACUUAUCUCAUCGAGAAAUUUGCAAAAUGGCCCGUGUGUGUAAAAAAUGGCGAUUAAUCGCCUACAACACAAAAUUAUGGAAAAACGUGUCUCUUCGUCCAGAAAUUUCAGGACUUCACGUGGGAUCUUUAGAAUCUCUACUAGCUUUGAUCAGCAUUCGAUUUGGACCAUCUCUAAGAUACAUUGAACUUCCUAUUGAGUUGAUAACUCACACAGUUUUACACGAAUUGGCUAAUAAAUGUCCAAAUUUAACCCAUAUGUUAUUAGAUUUCUCCACAGCCAUGCAACUACACGAUUUCAGUGAGCUAAACGCAUUUCCGACGAAGUUAAAAUACUUGUGUAUUUGUCUAUCGGAGGUAAUCUUUAUGGAAGGUUUUAUGAGAAAAAUAUAUAAUUUUAUUAACGGUUUGGAAACACUUCAUUUAAUUGGAACAUAUGAAAAAGUCGAAGAGGAAGAAGAAGAAAUUUACGAAGUUAUUAACGUGCAUAAAUUAAAAUCGGCUACUCCUAAUUUGAGGGUCAUUAAUUUAUAUGGAAUCAAUUUUGUUGAUGACAGUCAUAUUGAUGCGUUCAGUUCUAAUUGCAUACAGUUGGAGUGCUUAGCUGUCAAUUACUGUUCAAAAGUAACUGGUUCUACAAUGAAAACUUUAAUACAAAGAAGUAGAAGACUACAAUGUCUUCUUAUGAACGGAACAAGUCUUCAAAGUGAAUAUUUAAUGCAAGUUGAAUGGGAAAAAUGUAACUUACAAGAAUUCGAUAUUACGGCUACAGAUCUAUCAACGGAAUGUCUAACUGAUUUACUUACAAGAAUACCAGGAUUGCGAUUUUUCAGUGCGGGACAAUUAAAUGGUUUCAACGACAGCGUUUUAAAAGCUUGGGCGGAACAUGGAAAUCCAAGAAACUUGAUUGCGUUAGAUUUGGACAGUUCUGAUAACUUAUCAGAAGAAGCAAUUUACAAAUUCAUCUCGAAAUAUGGAGGCCAAUUGUGGGGAUUGGGAAUUUCUGGAAUGCCGCAUAUCACCGAUAGUUUAUGCACAUCCAUUUUACCUAUUUUAAAAAAUCUCAAGAUUUUAGUUAUGGGUACGCAAGAACGUCUCGGCGUCAACGUUUUGGUCGAUCAACUCAUGGAUUGCGUUGCUAAUAACUGCCCAAUUCUGGAGAGAUUGGAAUUAAGGUGGGACCCUGAAAAUUUGAGAUUUUCCGAUAAAAGCCAAAAAGCCAUCGAUACUUUACGUGUAAAGUGCCUUAAAUUACGUAGUUUAGUGUUAAGUGAUGGUAGAUAUUAUGAAAUUGUGAAAGCUAAUUUUGAGAGAGCCGACAGAUUAACUGUUGUUCGAACAAUAACAAAUUGCAGAGUUUCUAACUAUUAUUUACUCUCGAAUUAUAAGGAUUUGAUUUUUAAUUAAAUGUGAAUUAAUUUAUAAAAUUUUUUCCUUAAAAAUGUUUUGAAACAAAUACUAAUAAAAUUGAGGAAUAAUGUUUUGGAGAA